UGUUGUCCAACAAACGGGAGUGAACUGUAGGUAGGGAUGAACGGACGAAUCUCCAAGUUUAUAAACAAUUCGUAUUGGCACGUCAAUAGUUGCUCGGUGCUUAUCGCGCAAAUCAAAUCACUCGAAGCAAGUGAAAAGUAAACAUGUAAAUGUCUUGUUAGUUUGUUAUUCACGGCGGGAGUACAAAAUGCUAAUUUUUAUAUUUUUUGCAAUACAUACGGUGCGUGUCUUCGGCGUCGAAUGACUUUUUAAUCAAAUUGCGAUCGGUAAUUAGAUGCAAACUGCAUUUAUUGUAUUGUGGCGCGUCAUUAUUGCAGUGAAAAUCAAAGAGAAACUUAAGGAUUAAUAAGGUCAAUGCAGAGAGUGCAUUAGAAGAAAGGUUUUCAACUUGAACAUGGAGAUCUUACUGAGGCUGGUUCUAUUCUUGAUGCGCAUUAUUUCAUGGCUGGUUAUUCCGAUUUUUGGCUCGUUCGUGGAGAAAACGCCGAAAAUUACACCGAUCAAAAACCACAUUCUUCUAUUGAGCGCGACUACAUUAGCGGACAAAAUCAGGAAGCGUGAGAUGAAAAGCGAAACAGUUGUAACCGCAUAUAUCGAGCGCAUUAAAGAAGUAAAUCCAAUAUUAAACGCUGUAGUCGAGGAUAGAUUUGAAGAUGCAUUACAGGACGCCAAAGCUGUGGACGAAUAUUUAAAUAAAACUAUUAUAGAUCCAGUACAACUAGAGAAAACACAACCAUUACUGGGUGUCCCUAUAACAAUCAAAGAAUCAUGUGGAGUGAAAGGAAUGAGCCAAGCCUGUGGAUCAUUACAACGUGAAGGAUUUCGUGCUGCACAAGAUGGCGCUGCUGUUGCACGCAUCCGGCGCGCUGGAGGAAUUAUUCUUCUUGUUUCCAACACCCCGGAAUUUUGUUUAUACUGGGAGAGUAAUAAUCGUAUUACUGGUCGAACAAACAACCCAUAUCAUAUAAAAUAUAGUCCUGGGGGUUCUUCUGGAGGAGAGGGUGCAUUACUUGGAGCGGGUGCUUCUAUAAUAGGAAUAGGAUCUGAUGUUGCAGGUUCAUUACGUUUACCUGCGCUGUUGAAUGGAGUUUUUGCGCAUAAGUGCACCGCAAAUUUAGUGGAUUCUGAAGGUCAUUUCCCUAAUGCGCAGAGCGACAUGGGUAAAUUUAAUUUUACUGUUGGACCAAUGGUGCGUUACGCAGAAGACUUACCCUUGGUUUUCAAGGUCUUAACAGAUCAUUCAUUUGAAUUAGGAUUGGAUGAUCAGGUUGAUUUAAAAUCAUUGAACAUUUUCCACAUGUUCAACGCAGGCGCAAGCAUUGCGCACGUUGCUGUGGAUUCAGAAAUUAAACAGGCUAUAAAUAAAUGCGUCACACAUUUGCAGCACGUCUGCGGUGCAAAUGUGGACCAAUUUAAAUUUAGUAUGAGCAACACGAUGGAAAUUACUGCGGCGGUGUUGUUGUAUUUGAAUGAUUUACCUAACAUACUAGGCAACCCAAUAUCCGACAAACAAAAUGAUUGGUUAUUGUUUGAAUUAUUAAAAUAUCCGUUUGGAUGUUCAAAAUAUUCAUUUAAUGGAUUAAUAUUUUCAUUUUAG